GCCAAAGGCAAACCACCUCGGUCACUAAACAUUGCUACCAAUCUGAGGCUCACUCUCGGGCCAGGCAGUACACCCGACACCCGACACCCGACACUGAGCCCGUCUUUCUACGGCAAGACCGUAAGAAACUACCUCGUGUUCUGAAAGGGCUGUAUUUCAACGGGAAGAGAGGAAGUAGCAAGAAACCAAAAAGACAACAGAAAGAGAGUCUCUCUCUCUCUCAUCUCACUCACUCACACACUCUCCUCACAUCAUGAAGCCCUCACUCCGCCUCCUGGCAUCAGCGGCACAGACAGGCAAGGGCUUGUCUCCCGGCCCCAUGGCUCUCCUCCCACCAAUAUAUCUCUACCGGCGUCUGCUCCGGGCGCACAGGAAGCACCUGCCCCCCGAGAUGCGGCUGCUGGGUGACGAGUACGUCAAGGCCGAGUUCAGGGCGCAUCGCAAUGUCGAGAACCCCGUGCAUCUGAUCGGGUUUCUCAGCGAGUGGCAGCUCUAUGCCCAAAAGAUCGAGGGAGACGCAUGGAAAGGGGAGAAGCUCGACCAGGGCAAAAUUGAAAAGAUGAGCGAUGAGCAGCUCGGUCAGCUGUAUGAGCUGAUGAAGGCUAUCCAGAAGCGCGGGACUGAAGAAGGUGAAACCGACUCCUGACCAGAGAAGGACGAGGUGAGAUGACACGACAAGGGGUAUCAAUCUAUUUUUUUUGUUCUCCCACCUUACCGUUAUCCGCCUCAACUAGCCAUAUCAUCCGUUUUCUAAUAUACCUCAUCCGAAAGA